AUGGGGGAGAAGAACGCGUUUCGUGCGAAGACAAACGAUGAUAUCCAGGCCAAGCUGGACAAGAAGCUGGGACCGGAGUAUAUCUCUAAGAGAGUAGGGUUUGGUAGCAGCAGAGUUGCAUAUAUUGAAGGCUGGAGAGCCAUUAACCUUGCCAACCAGAUUUUUGGGUACAACGGCUGGUCGACAGAGGUCAAGAGCGUGACUGUGGACUUUUUGGAUGAACGACAGGGGAAAUACAGCAUAGGUUGCACUGCGAUUGUUCGUGUAACGCUGCAAAAUGGUACGUAUAGGGAAGACAUAGGGUAUGGGACAGUGGAAAACGAACGAAGGAAAGCAGCGGCGUUCGAGAGGGCAAAGAAAUCUGCCGUCACGGACGCUUUGAAGAGGUCUCUAAGAGGUUUCGGGAAUGCUCUCGGUAACUGUCUGUAUGAUAAGGAUUUCCUAGCGAGAAUCGAUAAAGUUCAGUUUGAUCCUCCCGACUUCGACGAGGGGAAUUUGUUUCGUCCAUCAGACGAGAUAAGCGAAAUCUCCAGAUCGAAUACGCUGGAUCAUCAACUCGAUGGGAGUUGCAAGAGGAGGCGUGUGACGCGACCGGGUCCAGCGCCAGGGAAGGGUUCGGAUUCCAACGGAAUGCAUAAUCAGCAGCAGAGUUUAGCGCGGCCCGUGGAGCAAAGAAGGGCUCAACAUCCUGAGAAUCCGCCAGAUCAAGCGGCAGAAGCUCCCGCAGAACACGACGAACUGUUGGACGACUCACUUAUGUUUAGCGACGACUUCCAAGAUGACGAUCUGAUAAACAUGGGAAAGCAGCAGGCGGAGAUCGCGGUGCCGGAGCAGAAAGUAGCAGAAUUAGCCACCGAGCCCAUCACAUUCGUUACCGCAAAGGCAGCGUCUUCAGUGCAGAACAAAAGGCCAGUCACGCGGGACAACGUCUUCGAUCCCAAAUAUCAGGCUCAGUCGAUCAAACACACCGUUGACCAAACAACUUCCAUGCAUAUACCGGCGAGUCUGCUGAAGGAAAAGGGAAUCGAUGACUCUAGAGAAUCUGCGUACCACAAGUUUGCACCCAAGGGCAAGCAAAUCGGAGUGGAUACGUCCGUAUCACAGCCCAGCAACGACAACCGCACUUCUAAUAGCACUUCUCAGCCCGUCGCGGCAGCCUCUUCUCGCUUCGCUCCUCCAAACACGGUAGUGCAUCCUAACUCGUCCUCAGCAAUCCCUCAGCCGGCGAAAGCUACAAGAAGGGAAGUUGGCAGGCCCAAAAUCAAUCCUUCCAUGCAGCGCAAAUUGAGCCCGUAA